UUUCUGGAACCUUUCGUCAGACGUGCGAAGACCGGGCCUCAGAAAUGCAAAUGGCUUUGCCUCAACAAGGCCGUCCUCCGGUCGCAGCGAUGGCCGUUCCUGAGGUUGACCCUUCGGUCCGUCCCGCGCCGUCCCCUUGGCGGCAGCUGUUAAUGUUGGUGUGGAAGAACGUCUACGUGAAGCGGCUGUGUCGCCGCUACACCACCACGCUGCUCGAGAUUGUGUUGAUGGUGGUGCUCCUACUGGGAAUUCAGGAGAGCUCUGUGGUGCGCGAGCCGCUGAUUCGCAAGGGGGACACCAUCUUUUCGCCCAUCCACCCAACCACCUUCUGGAAUACGCAGCCCGACAUGGUGCAAGUCCAACAGGUGUUAUACGCGCCCGCUGACAACAAGUACCUGUCUCGGCUGACGCGCGAAGCCAUGAAGAUGUUGAGCGUGCCCGACGUGAUGGGAAUGCACUCGGACAAAGAAAUCGUCGCUGCCAUGAUGCGGCAGAACCGGACGCCCGUGCACAGCGUGGGGCUAUUUUUCGGCAACGUGAAGCCCGGCGACAAGGACAGCGUGCCGAUUAGCCUGCGGGUCACCUUCUUCGGCGGCAGCCUGCCUCUCGACGUGCUCGUCCACUACCCCCAGCGGAUCCUGUCUCAGCCGGAGGGACCGUCAGCGGAGGAGCGUUUCCCGGAGAUGAACACCUUGCUCCCCAUCAUGGGAACGUUGCAGCAGCUACACCUGGAAAAACAGGCGUCCCUGCACAACCAUACCGGGCAGAUGCUGCAGCCCGUGAGUCUACAGCGCUUCCCUUACCCGAGCUACAUCGAGUACAAGGACACGCAGAACUACGCUCUGGUGCUGACCCGGUUCUGCGUCGGCAUGCUGAUCCCCUUCGCUUUCUUCGUCGCCAUGCUCAGCGAAGAGAAGGUCACAGGCAUGAAGGAGAUGCUCCGGCUGGUGGGCAUAGGAGACUGGGUGUACUGGACCAGCCACUACCUCAGCGCCGCCUUCGUGCACGUCAUCAUAGCGACGCUCAUGAUGCUGUUCGUGUGCGUCAAGAGGAACGAGGAAGGGCGCUCCUUCAUCCAGUACAGCGACCCCAUGCUAGUGUUCUUCAUCCUGCUGUGCUUCGGGAGCUCGUGCACUAUGCACGCCACGCUACUGUCCAUGUUCUUCAACAGUCCACACAGUGCCGUCGCCGGAGCCAUGCUGUACUGGACGUUCAGCUGCGUCAUGCCGUUCUUGCUUCUGGAGAAUGACGGGGGCCAGGGUUACCACUUCAUCAGGCGCUGGCACAAACUCGCCACGUGCGUGUUUCCCGGCAUGAGCCUGCACUGGAGCUUCCGAGUGCUGGAGCGCUUCGAGAAGUUUGUGACUUUCGGCGCCAACUGGAGCAACUUCUACGACCGCGCCGCCACUCCGGACAACGUGACACUGGCAGAGAUCGUGUUCAUGGGGCUCUUAUGCGACUGUUUCAUCGUGGCCGCGGUGUGGUACCUAGACAACGUGGUGCCAGUCGGUCCAGGAAUCGCCAAACCUCUGUACUACCCUUUUCAGAUGAACUACUGGGUUCCAGCUGUCGUAUCCCUUCAGCCACCGGCCAUGACGACGGCCGAGAUGCAGAACUUUCAAGAGGAACCGAAGGGCAUGCCAUUCGCUAUAGACAUCGUGAAAGCCAGCAAAGACUACAGUGGCCUCAACGCCGUCCAAGACGUGACACUGAGAAUCUUCGAGAACCAGGUCACGGUGCUACUCGGACAUAACGGCGCCGGCAAGACAACGCUGCUAAACAUGGUCACCGGUUUCACAAAAUGCAGCGCGGGCAACGUCAUAGUUGGCGGCUAUGACAUCACGACCUGCACAAGGGACGCCCGCGAGAGCUUUGGUUAUUGCCCCCAAAAUAGCAUACUCUUCAACGAUCUCACGGUUGAGGAACACCUGAUCUUCUUCGCUACAGUCAAGGGCACUCCAUACAGACACGUGCGGCUGGAAGUGGUCACCCUUCUGCACGACGUAGGCCUCAUGCCGUACCGUGAAGAUCUGGCCGCCAACCUUUCCCUAGGCCUGCAGAGACGCCUGUGUGCAGCCGUGGCCAUUGUGUCCAAGCCAAAGGUGGUCAUACUAGACGAGCCCACGGCCAACAUGGAUCCGGAAGGCCGUCGUGAGAUGUGGGAACUGCUCCUCAAGAUACGCCGGAACUGUUCCAUCUUCCUCACGACGCAGCACCUGGACGAAGCGGACGUGCUGGCUGACCGGAUCAUCAUCUUGGCGAGUGGCCGUGUCCGGUGUGCCGGCUCCCCGGCAUUUCUGAAACAGCGCUUCGGCACCGGCUACCACAUUAUUGUCAACAAGAUGUCACAAGAAUGCGACGUGAUAACUAUUGAGACACUGCUCCGCAAGUACGCGCCUAAAGCCAGGCUAGAGAGUAACUCGUACAACGAGGCCGUCUUCCUCUUGGGACAGGUUGUCUCUACGCGUCUCACCGUCACCAUGUUCAAGGAUUUAGAACAGCGCAGCCAGGAACUUGGCAUCGACACCAUUGGUGUCAGGGUGACCUCGCUAGAAGACGUGCUCUUGCAGGUCAGCGAAGACCAUCACGAUCAGAAGCACAUUGGGUUUGGGGAGCAACAUGCCUCUGGGAUUGAAACCAAGGAUGACCUGGUGAAGGUCAUGGCCACCACGGUGUCCGAGAAUCCAGGCUUGCUGACACAAACGUGGGCCGUGCUCGCCAAGCGCGCCACAUGCGUCUGGCGCCAGAAGAAGCAGUCGCUCUUUAGCUGGCUGCUUCCUCCGCUGCUGCUGACAGUGCUCUUCGGGUUGGAGUACUUGGCGCUACGCCGCAGCAACUGGGAUGUCGAGCGGGUGGCCAACACGCUCGCCUUCACGUUCCCCGACGUCGUGCACUUUGCACAGGGAUUUGUGCAAAUCAAGCACCCGAAAGAUGGGAAAUUCUUUCAUGACUACAUCAAGCCUCAGCUAAACCCGCGGUCACAUUACCUGCUACCCGUCGGCGCAGAUGUGGAGGUCAACGAAGAGUCUCUUGAGAGAGCAAGAUCGAACCUGCGUUACUACAUAUUCGGUGUGCACUACGGGUUUCAAGUUAUAGACGAAAACAGUACCGUGUUGUGGUACAACGGCGACAUCCCUCACUGUGCGCUGAUCAUCACGACGCUUUACAACGAGGCGCGCCUGAGCUACGUCACUGGCGUUCAAGACGCCACUUUUCGCAUUCAAGUGACGCAGCUCGACUACGGCUCCAAGGUGGCGGAGAACGAGAACGUGAGGAGCCAGAACGCGUACCGUGACCUGCUACCCAAGGUGCUGCGAUCCAUAUUCCUGCCAUUGGCGUCUAGCCUGAUGUGCAGCAACUUUGUGCUGCUGCCGAUCGCCGAAAGGGUGCUACAGGUGAAGCACCUGCACAACAUCGCAGGCAUUCGCCCGUUACUCUACUGGACCUUAAGUUUUAUUUCAGAUUUUGUGUUUUACAUGGGGACAGCCAUCUUCGUAUUGCCACCCAUUAUCCAUUACCAGGCGAGCACGUUGAACUCCAGCUUCAUGUACUGGAUCUUCUAUUUGAACAUCCUACACGGCUUUGCUGCUCUGCCGUUCAUCUACCUAUUCUCCUUCCUGUUUUCUCGCCCUGGCUUUGGCUUCUCAACGAUGGCAAUCUUGACAUUCAUCAUUUCUUUGCUGGGCUGCAUGGUAUCGGUGUUCAUGGAGCACUACGCGUUGACCCUGGACAGCUUCCCGCUGAUUGCGGUGAUAGAACUAGCGCUACACGUUCUGCGAUUGCUCCCUUCCUUUUCGUAUUCACGGGGCAUGACUAAGCUGUUGCAGCUUGCCAGCGAGAACUUCAUCUGCCGCAUCGGCGGACAAGUGCUCGAAGCCGCCUGCUUCGCCAAGACCGCCGAGACGAAGCUCUCGUUGCAACAGUGCUGUGCACAUAUGGACGACCCCGAACCGGCGCAGUACGCAAUCGAUCCACUGGACAUGCACCCGUAUUCUGUCUUCUACGAGAUAGCAACCCUGGUUAUCGAAGGUCCGGUGCUUUUUGUCUUGCUCAUAUGCAUUGACAGCUUCUGGCUCAAUCGCAUCGACGAACGUUUGAGUGAACCAGCGCCUGAACAACGGCGUAAUCUGGAAGUCCAGUCUGGGUCUCAAGGUCUCGCCGCAAACGCAGGCGGCAGGAAGGCUCGUGACGACACAGAUGUGUUGAAAGAGGACAAGCUGGUCACUGGCCUGCUCUACCAGCGCCUGCCGCCGCCGCAGGGUGUCAACCCAGCAAUGAUUGUCUGCCGCUUACAGAAGGCGUAUGGCUAUGUCAACACCAACAUGGUGCUGCAGGACCUGAGCUUCACCGUGAGACCCGCUGAGUGUUUCGGCCUCCUUGGUGUCAACGGCGCUGGUAAAACGACCACGUUCAAGAUACUGACGGGAGAGAUACUUCCGCACGAUGGCGACGCCUUCGUCAACGGAUUCUCAGUCGUGCGCGAGGUUUCCCAGUUCCGUCGCUACCUGGGCUACUGUCCGCAGCGCGAUGGUCUUUUGGAAUUGCUGACCGGCGUGGAGACCCUGGUGUUGUACACCCGACUGCGCGGCAUCGCGCUCACCGAAGAGUACCUCAACACGCUGCUCUCUAUUUUUCACCUGGAGGAUAUCGCUGACCAGACUGUGGAAAGAUACAGUUCCGGCAACCGGCGCAAGCUGUCCAUGUGCAUCUCGAUGAUCGGCAUGCCUAACGUGCUGCUCCUGGACGAGCCGUACGCCGGGGUUGGGACGACAUCGCGGAAGCGCAUCGUGAAUUAUCUCAGUGCACUGCAGCGUGUUGCCAAGAUGUCCAUCGUGCUGACCUCACACAACCUUUCGGACGUCGAGUUCCUCUGCAAUCGCGUCGCCAUUCUGGGUUCGGGAAAGCUGCAAUGCCUUGGCUCGGUAGCGCACCUCAAGAACAAAUUUGGCAAGGGCUACACGAUCACGGUGAAGACGUACCCGGAUAAGAAGGAAGACAUACUCUACCAUCAAGACGUGGCACAUGCCGUGCUCAAAAACUUCCGCGAUGCGGAGCUCGUCCACAGCUUCGAGGGCCUGCUCGAGUUCCGGAUGUCCCAAAUCCAGAUGCUGUGGAGCGAAAUGUUCACGCGCAUGUCUCGGAUCAAGAAGCGCUUCAAGUUGCAAGACUUCUUCAUUACGGACACAUCGCUGGAGCAGAUAUUUCUCAGCGUUACGCGGAAGGAGGCCAGCGAGGCAGCCGCCAAGGAAGCCGCCAAGGCGACCGAGCCCGCGCCCAGUGCACUUGCGACUACGAUUGGCAUACUAUGAGUUGCUCAGUAAAGCUCACAUACCCUACCUGAGCCUUGUAAUGAACGACAUACGUUUUGAUAGAGUCGCCUAUAGCAUGCGGAUUGA